CAGCCCAGUUCAGCCCAUUCUAGCCCAGACCAACCUUUCUUUUACCUCGGGCGGCCGUUGGAAAAUGGCGACGGUCUCGGAACUCAAAGCAGUUUUAAAGGAUACACUGGAAAAAAGGGGUGUACUGGGCCACUUAAGAGCAAAGAUCAGAGCUGAAGUUUUUAAUGCCCUAGAUGAUCAAGGUGAAAAACCUCCACCCCUAUCUCAUGAAAACCUCCUAAUUAAUGAAUUAAUUCGGGAGUAUUUGGAAUUCAACAAAUAUAAGUAUUCAGCAUCUGUCCUUACAGCUGAAUCUGGUCAACCAGUAACGCCAUUGGACAGACAAUUUCUCAUUAAGGAGUUAAAUAUAUAUGAAGACUCGAAUGCAAAAACAGUAUGGCAUCCAAACCACUUUCAUGAAAGGAUCUUCACUUCAGCUUCCAAGGUGAAAUCUGGGCAGGCAGCCCAGUUCAAAAAACAAAACAAAACCAUGAAAUUUUCAGAUAAUCAUUUAGAAAAAUGGUGGAUAAUGGGCAUUAAUACAGAAGAUCAUCAUGUUUCUCAUGCUAUGAAGAAAUUAUAGCUUUCAUUUGGUGCAAAUAUACAUCUUUUAAUUUUCAUAUGUAUAUAUUAAAUUGCUAUUUAUUAUUAUAAUGUAACAUUAUAUAAGUAAUAUGUACAUUUUGUAGAAAUGUAAUUUUAAAAACAUUUAGCAUUUCAUGUUCUACAUUUGUGAAUAAAGGUUAUCUUAGUCAUCUAGCUUAUUGAAUUUGAUUUGAGGAAGAUAAGUAUUUUGCUUUUAGGCAACAUUUUAGGAAACUCCAAGUAGAAAAUGAAAAUUGCUCCAGUUAGGAUGAAACUCCGCUCUUGCCUUCCCAUGCCCUAUUGGAAACAUAGUUGGAACAUAGCUGUGUUUUUCCAGUACACUUAAUUCACUAUAGUUCCUCUUCCAAUUAAAAUUAUGUACCCUAGAAAAAGUACUUUGGAAUACUUACACUUACAUAUAAAUACAUAGGGAACAGAAUUAAAGGCAAAGGUAAUAAUAGUAAAAUCAAAAAAACUAUAGUUAAUCAGUAAUUUCUGAAAUGUAAAGAAGUUGUUUUUUUCAACUUUCAACAGUUAAAAGGUUUUUUAAAUUGACUUAGAAUACGAAUUUUUAUUGUUCAUCAGUCUCUUUCCUUAGAAAAGUUCAUUCUUUUGUUGGAAGGUUAAUUUAGAAGUUGGACAAAGAACUGGUUCUUUAAUUUUUCAUUAAGUAAAACAUAAGGACCAUUUUGUAAUAUGGACAUGUGAAAUUAUAUAGGCAUGCAGGGACAGGAUUAAAAUACUAAGAUGUGUUUAAAACUAGUUUUUUUUUUUUUUUUUUUUUUUUUUUUACGUAGUCCUUAAUUGUAUAGUUAAAGGAUGAAAUAUCAAAGUGCCUAUCCCAUAGUCACAUCUAGAAGUCUUCAUUUGGCACAAUUGGAAGCAUUAUACAAUUUUCUCACAAAUUUUCUCUUUUAAAAUUUGCUUUUUCUAACAUUCAUUAAGUUAGUACCAUGUUUAAUGUCAAAUUAAUAUUUUUCCAGUGGCUGUGGAAUAUAUCCGAUUGCUACAAAGUAUGGUGCCUGACUAGCAGAAGUUAUGUACAGUGUAAUAAAAGUAAAAUUUUGAAAUAUCUCUUUGCUGUAGAGAAAUUUUAACCUAAUGGGAAAUCUUUGGAUUUUUUUUUUUUUGUUGUUGUUGUUAAGGGCUUAAUUCAUUCAAACAAGACUCCUUCCAGUUGAAAAUGCUUUACACUGAUUUUAUGUUUGAUGAUAAUUGGUAAUGUUUAGUAUUUGGAGCUUAACAGAUAUAUUAAAACAAUUUUUUAAAGUGCUACUUUAGCCAUAAUCUUAUAAAUCAUCAGAUUUUAAGUAUAUCACUCUACUGUACAAUUAAGAACUUAAGUAUGAAUGAUUGAAUAAAACCAUAUUAAGAUACAAGAGAAAUAGUUACUAUUUUAAAAUGAAAUGUGAAUUAUGUAAUUACAAUUGUGUUCUGUUGUAUUGUAUGUGGGAGUAUAAAUGUCUGGAUUCUUCCCAGAAGACUAACAUCAAGCUUCAACGAUGUUGCAGUGAAUUUACCUCAGGAAUUGCAAUCAUGUAGGAGUAGAUUCAGUCAAAAUUAAGUACUGUAAUUUUGCAUGUCAAAAUGGAGGCUAAAUAGAAGUAUGCCACAUAGAGACCCUAAUGCUUUCAGAUGCAAAUGUUUGUAACAAUUUUUAUACUAAGAUGAAUUUGAUAAUAGAAGUGUAUCUUUCAAUAAAUAAGGUUAAAAUA